UCGUGGACCCUUAAACUCGGAUUGUAACGCCAUCUCACCAGAUUCUUCUCCAAGGGCGAGUCAAUCAUUUUGCUUGUACGGUCCGCAUCGUUAGUCUGGCCAUUCCAUGUCAUCCUUUGGCAGUCCCAACCGGCCGUUCGACGGCGACGGCCUUGGCGUCGACGGCUAUGAUGUUCGGCUCCAAUCUCAGCGCUUUGAAACUCUCUCCAACUUCGAUGCUGACUCAGUGAAGGAUUCGGCCGGCGACUCGUCUCCGGUUUUCGGAAGCCAUCAGUCAUACAGUGAAGGAGAUUAUGUGUUUUCGUCUCAGCCGGUUCCGGAGACUCCAUCCCCGUCGUCCAUACGCUCUAACGCGAGGGAAGACACUGCGUUCUCGCCGGAGCAUGAUGGGAAGGGUCUUGAGGGAGAAUAUGGUGCCACCGGUGGUCCGGUCUUGCCACCUCCGGUGGAUUUGGAACCAGAAGAAGGCUUUGCUCUAAGGGAAUGGCGAAGACAGAACGCUAUUCAACUGGAAGAGAAGGAGAAGAAGGAGAAAGAGAUGCGGAGACAGAUUAUAGAAGAAGCAGAGGCGUACAAAAUUGAGUUUUACAGGAAGCGCGAGCUGAAUGUCGAGAAUAAGAAAGCGUCCAAUAGGGAAAAAGAGAAGUUAUUUUUGGAAAGCCACAAGAAGUUUCAGGCGGAAGCUGAGAAAAACUAUUGGAAAGCAAUCGGUGAACUUAUUCCCAAUGAAGUGCCGACAAUAGAGAAAAGAGGGAAAAAAGAUAAAGAGAAGAAGCCUUCCAUUGUUGUAAUCCAGGGGCCGAAACCUGGGAAGCCAACUGACCUUUCAAGAAUGCGACAUAUACUGCUAAAGCUCAAGCAUAAUCCUCCUCUUCACAUGAAGCCUAAGCCACCUCCAUCAUCUGAACCAAAAAAGGACGCUAAUACCGGGCCCACUGACGGGGUUAGCACAAGUACUUCUACCCCCAAGCCGCCAGCGGUGGCAACUCAGGAGCCGGUUGCUGCAGCUUGAAGGGCCGCUAUUUUCUCCUUUUCCAUGUGAAAACCAGCUUCUGUGAACAUCAUAACUUAGUCGCAUGGUGGUAUUAUAUGUACAAAGUAUCUUUACUUUAAAGUUGCAGGUUGCUUGAUGUAGCUUUAUGCAGCCCAUUGUCAGAAAAUAGUUUUAGGCUGUGAUCCGUUGCUGUGGCCUGCAAACAGGCAUAUUAUUAAUGCCGCUGUUUUGGCGUUGGUUGAAAUUGGGAUAGUGUCUUGAUAAGGAGUUAAACUCGGAAUCAUCUUGUUUAUUUGCGACCCAGAUUAUGCUAAACCUAUUUAUGGGCUUGACGUAGCA